AUGGCUGAGAUUCGACUAAGAUUAACUGAAGCAGAGAAUGUCGAAACAGGAAGAUUAGGAACAGUAUCUUGGAUCAUUCAAGGCAUCAAUCUUGAGGAUGCUCAGGAUGGGUUACGAUCAGAGUUUCGUCGACUCCCAUCUGAUGCCACUGCUGCUCAGAAGGCUACCCUUGAAGAGAAACAACAGAAACUAUCAGCUCAUAUAACUGCAUUCCAUGAAACUGCUGAUGCUAUGACAGAGGGAAUAGAGCUGGAAGCAGGUACGGUGCACAAAGAUGAUGCUAGGUUUUGCUGGGCAGAAGAUGAAGAGCAUGACUGGGAGGCUCAUAUUGCUGACCUUGAAGAUGAUUCCGAAUUGGUGGAUGAUGAAAUUUCAGCAGAAGAUAUGGGUCUCUGGAUGCCAUCAUCAGUGCCUCAUAAUCAAGUCACUUCGGCUCAUUUAUUAGUCCUUCAAGCAGAGGAAUUGGAGCUGAGACGAGGUCAAGCCAAUGAUUGCCUUGAAAAAAUUUGGUUGGCUCUUGGUGAUAAGGCUGUCAUCUACCGUCAAUACUUUAGAAGCGCUGAUUCUGUGUGGACUGGGACAAGAUCCAAGCAAGAAGCUCAAUGUUGUCGUAUCAAAAUCGACAAGAAUGUCCGAAGUUAUCAAAGGGCAAGAUCAGCUAUGGAGAGACUUGGCAUGGAUCGAGAAUCUCUAGAAACUGUUUAUCAAGAAAUACUAGCUGAACAGCUAAGUAUUGACAAGGAGGGUUCAGACAAUCUUGUAUGGUUUUGGAGGGUUAACAAUGGAAAGCAGGAUCAAACAGACACUUGGAUGGAUGAAUUCUACAGAGUGAACUGGUUGAAGGCAAAGGCAAGAUGGAACAGGUGGGAGGAGGAGUCAAGUCUGGUUCAACACGAAAUGGGGUGGACAGUCAGUUGGUUCAAAUACCAAGAGGAAAAAUGGCAACUACGAUGGCACCAAGCUACAAAACCUGGUCACCAACCAUAUGCCCAUAAACAGGUGCUGGUGUGGAAAGCCUUCGCAGCAGAAGCUGAGGAAAAAUUCAAGGACAAGCUACUAAUCAUGAUUUGA